CGAGCAGGCUGCGUCCCCCAGCACCAGGCAGCUCGGCUCCCAGUCCAGGUGGGUGCUGGUCCCCCGAGGAAGGCUGGGCUGCUGGCCUCUGGGCCCCAGGAUCCCAAGCUGGUGGCCGAUGGCAGAGGGAUAUGCAGAGUCACACCUGGGCGGCUGAGUUUGAGCAGGGCACAGGUGUUAGGGGACCGUGCAGAGACACUGCCCGGGUGGGCUGAGGCCCUGUUCAUCUGGAUCCUGAUGCUGCCUGUGUCCCUUCCAGCCUGGCAGAGAGGUGGGGGCAGGGAAGGCCUGAUGUGUGUACCGGGCCACCUGGCGCUGGACGGGGAAACAGACCUCAGGAACGCAGCCCCCUCCCGGGGACAUGCAGCCUGACCCUGACGUGAUGGGCUGCUCUGGCCUGAGAUUGGGGUUAGUCUGGAGGGAGGGGCGGGGAGGGGAGUCGUGAGAGGCCCAGCCUCCCUCCCUGGGCGGCCCGGUGACAUUCCUGGGAGCUGGGGACUGACUCACUUCAAAGCCUUGGCUUCUGCUCAGCUAUUUCACCCUCCGCUCUGCCUGUCACCGCGCUCCUGCUGAGCUGAGCCCCACCUGCAGAACUUCUCCUCACCUGGCAGCGGCUAUCUCCUCCCAGCCAUCUACACCGGCCUGCAGACAGGUCCCCAGGGGCCACCCUCACCUGCUGCUGCUGCAGAGACAGCUGUCCCCAGCCAUGGCCGCGCAGGUGUCCCUGUGGCACCACUACCUGCAUGCCAUCCGCUCACGGGAAGCUCCCCGCGCCCAGGACUACCAGCGUGCGGAGAACGCGCUGCUCGCGGUGCUGGAGCGGGUGCAUGCCCUGGACCCCCGCUUCCUGGUAGACUACUCCCGAGACCUGCAGGCCUUCCAGUUCUCCCUGCGCUCCUCGGAGGACCCGCUGGACAUGGAGGUGCCCCUGCAAGUGAACACCGAGGCCCUCUUGAUUGAGGAGCUGGGGGCCCCGGAGCCGGGGGACGGCCCUGCCCUCUGCCGCCUGGGCGUCCCCAGGGAAGCAGUGGGCCUGGCGCAGUGGAGGACGGAGGACGUCUUCAGCACUUCUGAGGACGAGGGCAAGGCAGAGUGCUGUGGCCACAUCGAGCCUGGCAAGGUCCUGCGUGUCCUCAAGGACCUGCUGGUGGCUGCCAUUGUGCACUGCAGGCACCACAGCCUCAUCCCGCCAGGUUCGCUGAACGCGGCCAGUCUGAGUGAGGAGCAGCUGCACCUGUCUCUGCUGGUGUCCAGCGGCUGGAGGAAGAUCCGCUUUAACCUCGUGCCUGUGGUGAGGAGGAAGCAAGGCGCGCCCACCCUGGAGAGGGUCCGGUUGAUGCCCGGAUUCCCUGAGGGCACCUUGAGAAGGAUCCUGGGCCAUGGGGUGGACCUGAUGCCCGCCAGCCCCCAGCACUGGAGGGCCUCCACUGGCUACCCCCUCACCCAGCUGCUCAGCGGCCUGGGCUCCCUCCAGGGCCACCGCCUGGACAGCCUCUGCAUCCUGGACCGGGUGAACCACGAGAGCUGGAAGGACGGUGGCCAGAGCCCUGGCCUGACCUUUGACCACCUGAAGAUGGCGCUGCUGUGGGCCUCCGUGCUCUUCCCGGCGCCCGAGGACUGGGCGGAGCUGCAGGGGGCCGUGUACCGGGUCCUGGUGGUGCUGCUCUGCUGCCUGGCCACGAGGAACCUGCCACACCCCCUGUGCCCCGGGCACAACCUGCUGCAUGGCUGCGGCCUGGACCUCAGCGCCGUCUACCAGCGUGUGGAGCGCUUCGCCAGCCAGCCAGAGAUGUCCCUGCGCAUCCACGCCACCCACCUGGGCCGCAUCCCCCCGCCACGCAUCGACAACGGGGUCAAGGCGCUCCUACAGCUGCCUGCCAGUGACCCCGCCUACUGGACCACGGCCUACUUUGACGUCCUGCUGGAUAAGUUCCAGGUCUUCAACAUCCAGGAUAAGGACCGCAUCUCGGCCAUGCAGGGCAUCUUCCGGAAGACCAAGACCCUGGGCACUGAGCAGAGCUGAGCUGGGCCCCAGGCUCUGCCACCCCCGGAGGCUCCUGGGACGUGUGGAGAGGCUGGACUUCCCUUGGGGAGGGUGGUGGAGGGACUCUGCUCCCGGGAGUCCUCAGUCUGUCCAGGGGGCGGCUGUGAUAGUCAGUGCCGGGCAGCACUGUGUCCCCCAGGCCAGGGGCCUAGGAUGCAGCUGCCCCAGGUGGCACCACCAGGAAGACCCAGUGUCUGCAUGGGGACGUGUGGUGGCUCCUCCGUGCCUGAGUGCAGGCGGCCCUUGGUGGUGAGCACUGUGCCUGCUCCCACGGCCACCCCGCACAGGAGCCCCACUUUCUGUAUCUAGUGGAAAUACAGAGGCCUGGAGGCAGAGGGGGCUUGUGUGCCGACGA